AUGUCUAACGUCUAUGAAACAAUCAAAAUACUUGAUUCAAAAGAGGAAAGAACUACACUACGAACUCUCUUCACUAAUAAUCCAAAAAAAAGAGCUGAAGCAAAACGCGUCCUUCCUACAUGUGAAGAUAAUGAAGAGAUAGUUACUUAUUUCAAAAGACUCUUAAAGCCUUGCAAAGAUGAGCAAGGUUCCAAUAUAUCCACUCUGUUCAUCCAUGAAUGUUAUCACCACCUAUGUAAUAUUAUUUUUGAGAAUGAAAAUAUUCAUCGUUGGCGUAUUACUGGCAAUCCGGGAAUUGGGAAAAUCUUCUUUGGUUAUUAUCUACUUUAUCUCCUUUCACAACAACACAAUAUCCACGCAUUCAAAGAUUACUUGAGAAAUGAAGAAGUUUGGUAUAUCGUGGAUGGUAGGAAGCUGAUGGAAUAUGCUGCCAAGACAAUUCUCGUCUGUUCACCCCAGAAAUGCCACUACAGUAGCUUUGACAAGCUUGGAACAACUAUUCGGUACAUGCUGAUAUGGUCUUGGAAAGAGAUCGAUACAUGCAGGAUUAAGCUUUUCCGUAAUCUUACUCAAGAAUAUGUUCAGAAAUUAUACAAUAAAUGUGAUGAAAUUCCUCGGUUUACCUUGUUUUAUGCUCUCAAUGAUUCUCAGCAAGAUCUUCUUCAAAGAGCAAUUAAUUCAGUUAAUGAUAAUUUGUUAAAUUUUGUUGGUGAGACCACAGAUGAUAAUAGCACCAGUCAUAAAAUCAUCCAUAUCUGCACGAACAUACCAAAAGGAGAGGAUGAAGGAAAAGAUGAAGGAGAGGAAGGAGGUGAAGGUAUGGAAGAUGUGGAAAUAACUGAAGUAGAAGAUAAUUCUAGAGAGCCAUCUACGUCAAAAUCACCCGCAGUAACUAGACCAGAUAAAAGGAAAGAUGUUAUAGGAAAGGGAAAACCCUUCUAUUCAAUGUCAACUCUAGAAUUUGCGUCCGAUUAUGUUUCUGAAGAGAUAAUGGAUAAACUUAUAAAGAAUUAUAGAGAUCAGUUGGAAAAUUUCGUGAAAGCUAGUUCAUUGAUAAGUGAUUAUAGUACACUCCAGGGCACUAUAUUUGAGCGGAUCGCUCACAGAAAGUUACUAAAAGGAGGAUCGUUUAGGACUCGCCCUUUAUUCGCAUCAACUAUCUCUUGCUUCGGGGUGAAUAAUUCAAAACUAUCAAUACCCAUUCAGAACAAACUGCUGUUCAGUGACAUUAGUGAGAUUGUUCCUAACAUGUAUUGUAUUCUAACUCAAAAGAAUAACGCGUUUUUCAAUGUGUUCAUUUUUCCCGACACAUUCUUCCAGAUGACCGUUUCUGAGAGUCAUCCUAUCAUAAUUAGUGGGUUGGAGAAAUAUAUUAAUAAGAAUAAUAAUUCAGAUAUCAAAUUUUAUUUUGUCUUACUGAAGGAAAUAUAA